CCUAUUUCAGCCUUGAUCUCUGAGCUGGAAGCGCAGAGUCAGUUUUUGUAGACAGCGAAGCGCUUCGAGUGUUGAAGGUUCAAAUCCCGGAGGUUAAAAUGAAGAUCCUGAUGAUCCUGAUGAUCCUGGUGGUCCUGGGAAUCCAGGAGGCGGCCGCAGUGACCCACUCUAUGAAGUAUUUCUUCACUGCAUCCUCUGAAGUCCCAAACUUCCCACAGUUUGUGGAAGUUGGGAUGGUUGAUGAUGUUCAGAUGGUUCACUAUGACAGUGACACAGAGAAAGAGGUGCUCAAACAGGACUGGAUGAAUAAAGUCACAGCAGAGGAUCCUCAGUACUUGGAGAGAGAGACUGCACGCUGUCUGGGUGCCCAGCAGACGUUCAAAGCCAACAUUGAAAUUGCAAAGCAGCGCUUCAACCAAACUGGAGGUGUUCACAGUGUUCAGUGGAUGUACGGCUGUGAGUGGGAUGAAGAGACUGAUGAGCUGAAUGGAUUUGACCAGUUUGGUUAUGAUGGAGAGGACUUCAUAUCAUUUGACCUGAAGACACAGACGUGGAUCGCUCCUAAUCCGCAGGCUGUCAUCACCAAACACAAGUGGGACAGUAACAAAGCUCUCACUGCACAGGAGAAGACCUACCUCACCCAGAUCUGUCCUGAGUGGCUCAAGAAGUACGUGAAAUAUGGGAGGAGCUCUCUGAUGGGAACAGUCCCUCCCUCAGUGUCUCUCCUCCAGAGGUCUUCCUCCUCUCCCAUCAGCUGCCACGCUACAGGUUUCCAUCCCAACAGAGCCGAGAUGUUCUGGAGAAAAGAUGGAGAGGAGCUUCAUGAAGGUGUGCACAAAGGAGAGAUCCUCCCCAACAAUGACGGGACCUUCCAGAUGAGUGUUGAUCUGGACCUUUCAGCAGUUGGACCUGAGGACUGGGACAGGUACAGCUGUGUGUUUCAGCUCUCAGGUGUGAACCAGGACAUCAGCACCAAACUGGAGAAAACAGGAAUCAGGAGCAAUGAAGGAGGUUCUCUCUCCAUGAUCAUUCCUGUGGUUGUUGCUGUGGUCGUUCUCGCUGCCAUCGCUGUGAUCGGAUUCAUUAUUUACAAAAAGAAAACAGACAAACGUCCCCCGUCCCCUGUGGAGAAAUCUGAGGUUCAGGAACAAAUGCUUCCUACAGCCUGAAGGACCAACAGCUCCUCUGCACUCAGUUUAUGGAUAAAUGCACUGAAACGAGAGGCGGAGCCUCGUUCUCCAUAAACUGGAACGUCACGGAUUAUUCAGGAAAUGAUGGAACUUUGGGGAAUCUGGUUGUAGAUGAUUAUUAAUCAAUAUUCAACUUUGAACAUGAGUCACAAAUGUUUAACAAAAACAUCAUAUCUGGAUCAUUUCUGUGCCCACCUG